CGGCGUGCGAACUGCAGAACCCACCGGAAAAGUUUGACCUGAAAGCCCCCCACGCCUCCACGAGACGGCGACUAGGCCACCCCUUUUCCGAGCAAGCUCCAGCGAACUCCGAUCCGCGCCGCGCACAAGGCAACAAGCAAAUCCCCAUCCAAACCCCAAAAUCAAAUGCUCUCUUCGACCACCACCGCCUCCUCCGCUUCCUCACAUCCUUAUCGCCCCGCCUCCCCGCGCGCCAGCCGGCCCCGCCUCCGCCCCGUCCUCGCGAUGGCGGGCUCCGACGACCCCCGCGCCGCGCCCGCCAGGUCGGUCGCCGUCGUCGGCGCCGGGGUCAGCGGGCUCGCGGCGGCGUACAGGCUGAGGAAGAGCGGCGUGAACGUGACGGUGUUCGAGGCGGCCGACAGGGCGGGUGGGAAGAUACGGACCAAUUCCGAGGGCGGCUUCCUCUGGGAUGAAGGGGCUAACACUAUGACAGAAGGUGAGUUGGAGGCCAGCAGGUUGAUUGAUGAUCUUGGUCUACAAGACAGACAGCAGUAUCCUAACUCCCAACAUAAGCGUUACAUUGUUAAAGAUGGAGCACCAGCACUGAUUCCUUCGGAUCCCAUUUCGCUAAUGAAAAGCAGUGUUCUUUCUACAAAAUCAAAGCUUGCAUUGUUUCUGGAGCCUUUUCUGUACAAGAAAAGUAAGACAAGAAACUCUGGGAAAGUGUCUGAUGAGCAUUUAAGUGAGAGUGUUGGGAGCUUCUUUGAACGCCACUUUGGAAGAGAAGUUGUUGACUACCUUAUUGAUCCAUUUGUAGCUGGAACCAGUGCAGGAGAUCCGGAGUCAUUAUCUAUUCGUCAUGCAUUUCCAGCAUUGUGGAAUUUGGAAAGAAAAUAUGGUUCUAUCAUUGUUGGUGCUAUCUUGUCUAAGCUAACAGCUAAAGGUGACCCAGUAAAGACAGGAAGUGAUUCAUCAGGGAAAAGAAGGAAUAGACGUGCAUCAUUUUCAUUUCAUGGUGGAAUGCAGUCACUAAUAAAUGCACUUCACAAUGAAGUUGGGGAUGAUAAUGUGAAGCUUGGUACAGAAGUAUUGUCAUUGGCAUGUACCUUUGAUGGGCUCCCUGCGACCGGUGGGUGGUCAAUUUCUGUUGAUUCGAAGGAUGCUGGCAGCAAGGAUCUUGUUAAAAACCAAACCUUUGAUGCUGUAAUAAUGACAGCUCCAUUGUCUAAUGUCCAGAGGAUGAAGUUUGGAAAAUGUGGAGCUCCCUUUGUGCUAGACUUUCUUCCUAAGGUGAAUUAUCUCCCGCUAUCUCUCAUGGUGACAGCUUUUAAGAAGGAAGAUGUCAAAAAACCUCUGGAAGGAUUUGGAGUCUUGAUACCCUACAAGGAACAGCAAAAGCAUGGUCUGAAAACCCUUGGGACUCUGUUCUCCUCAAUGAUGUUCCCAGAUCGAGCUCCUGAUGACCAAUAUUUGUAUACUACAUUUGUUGGGGGAAGCCACAAUAGAGAUCUUGCUGGAGCUCCAACGUCUAUUUUGAAGCAACUUGUGACUUCUGACCUUAAAAAGCUCUUGGGUGUCGAGGGGCAGCCAACUUUUGUGAAGCAUAUAUACUGGAGAAAUGCUUUUCCUUUGUAUGACCGUGACUACAAUUCUGUAUUGGAAGCUAUAGAGAAGAUGGAGCACAAUCUUCCAGGGUUCUUCUACGCAGGAAAUAACAAGGACGGGCUGGCUGUUGGUAAUGUUAUAGCUUCAGGAAGCAAGGCUGCUGACCUUGCAAUCUCAUAUCUUGAAUCUCGCACCAAGCACAACUAUUCACACUGAAGACAUCGACAAGCAUUAUUAGUUAAACACUUCAAAAUGAGUUGUCUGGUCAAUCAUCUGCAGACGGCUAUAAGGCAAAUGAAGCAGGUGGCCCUCCUAGUCCUUGGUGGUGAAUUGCAGUACACUAGAUAGUAGCUCUAGGACAGCUGAUAGCUUCCCACUUGGAGGAGUGACUGAUAGCAUCCCCCAUUGACCAAAGGUCGCGGCCUCACCCUCAAGCUCGGUGGAUCAGGUCAGCUUGCGGCCAAACUGAAAGUCUGGUGAGGAUCCAGGUAAAAGAUACGCUUGUACGACAUGCGUGCCCCGCUGCCGUGUGCAUUAUCAUGAUGCUCCUCCCCUUUUAUCCUCGGCCCCUCUUUUUGACGUGGGGAGUACUCCAUAACCACCAUGGGCCAUACAAGGAUUACACGAUGCUUGAAGCUUGGGUUUGGCUCAUACAAGCACUAUUGCUGCAUCAUUUCUUUUUUCGUAGUUUCAGAAAGGUGUGUUCAUCUCAAACUCAAAGUGCACCCUCUCCAGUUCAAUCGGAACGGAAAACCUGCAUGCAACGCAAGGCAUGGUUUUCCCAAGUAGUGCGGCUGCUAAAAGGGGAUGAGUGUGAAUGAUAGGAGGGACACGUCGAGGCGCACAGAUCUUGGAUCUUUGCUGCCUGGAAUUGUAUUUGGGUUUGGCUCGGCGCGCGAAAAUUUAUAGACGCAUUUGCUUGGCCCUGGGAGCUUUAGGGCACAAGCAAACAUGAGUAGGGCACUCCUUGUCCUUGGGAGGCUUUAUGUCCUUGGCUGCCCUUUUCUUUUUGGGCACAUCCUUCCCAGUAUUAUAUCAGCAUUUGAGCAUGCAUGGCGGCCACUGGCCAUAAAAGGAGCUACUAUAAGAAAGUUAAAGGUUAGGUGUUGUUCCCUAUCUUUUUUUUCCAUGUCUGAAGGACUGAAUGGAUUAUUGCAAUUGACCACCUUAUCCAUGAAGCAGC